CCCGCCUGUGCCCCGCCCCCGCGGCGCUAGCGGAGCCAAGAUGGCGACCGAGCUGGAAUACGAGUCUGUGCUGUGUGUGAAGCCUGACGUCAGCGUCUACCGGAUUCCGCCGCGGGCCUCGAACCGCGGCUACAGGGCGUCUGACUGGAAGUUAGACCAGCCUGAUUGGACUGGUCGCCUGCGAAUCACUUCAAAAGGGAAGAUCGCCUACAUCAAACUGGAGGAUAAAGUUUCAGGGGAACUCUUUGCUCAGGCGCCAGUAGAACAGUACCCUGGUAUUGCUGUGGAGACAGUGACAGACUCCAGCCGCUACUUUGUGAUCAGGAUCCAGGAUGGUACCGGCCGAAGUGCGUUUAUUGGCAUUGGCUUCACAGAUCGGGGUGAUGCUUUCGACUUUAACGUUUCGCUGCAAGAUCACUUCAAGUGGGUAAAGCAGGAAACUGAGAUUUCCAAAGAAUCUCAGGAGAUGGAUAAUCGUCCCAAGUUGGAUUUAGGCUUCAAGGAAGGACAGACCAUCAAGUUGAGUAUUGGGAACAUUACAACCAAGAAAGGAGGUGCUUCUAAGCCCCGGGCCACAGGGACUGGAGGCCUGAGCUUACUCCCACCUCCACCUGGAGGCAAAAUUACUAUUCCCCCACCAUCCUCAGUUGCCAUCAGCAACCACGUCACCCCACCACCUAUUCCAAAAUCUAACCAUGGAGGUAGUGACGCAGGAAUCCUUUUAGAUUUGGAUUCCCCUGCUCCUGUCACGACUUCAGCACCGGCGCCAGUUUCUACGAGCAGUGACUUGUGGGGAGACUUCAGCACUGCGUCCAGCUCUGUUCCGAACCAGGCGCCACAGCCGUCCAACUGGGUCCAGUUCUGAGUAUCAUUGGCAAGAUGUUAAGGACACACUUGAAGAAUGAAUGACCUUGAGGGCACCAUUCUAUGAGGGAGUUGAGGGACCGCUUCAUUUCCCAGAACCAAAUCAGUGGACAAUCUUUUCCAUAGCUUCUCUGUUGCUUUCAGGCUGGAUUAUUUUGUUACCUCUGUGUUACUUGCUGUAUAAGCCAGGAGACCGCCUGCUGUUUCCUGCUCACAACUGAGGCAGGGGAGUAGUGGAAAUUAUCACACUGACCGACUGCAGAGUUCAGAAAGCCGCCUGUGAGAGUAAGAGUGACCUCUGACAUAUGUAAAUUCUUGAACUUAUUUCAGAAUCAUUCAUGAUUCCUGUGUAUCUGUUUGUGAUGCCCUAGUUAGCAAUUUCAGGAGAGACAAUGCCUUGUAACGGUCUUUCUCGUAACCCGAGAAAUAUAAAUGGGCAGACUGGCCUCCAUACUUACCAUGUUAGGAUUUUCAUGAGGGAAGGUUUGCAGAAGCCGUAUCUGGCUCUCUUCUGUAAGGCCUCCUUCAGGCUUACCCUAUUCAGUGAGCAUCCAGUGAGCCACAGCACCACCACCUUGUGUGUUUACGUCUUUUCCUCUGAUGAAAGGCUCGGGUUGGUGGCGCCUCACAGUUUUCUGCGUGUUGAAUAGUGCAGCAUCCUUGAUGAUGGCUGUUUCUGAGAUGAAGGAGAUGGAGGCUGUGCUUUCCGAGUUGUAGUCUGCAGAGGCGUUUCUGCUGCAUUUGAAGCAUAGCAUUAACUUUUAUUCACCCCAUGUUUGACCUAAGGUAAGCGUUUUAACGUGAUGUGUAGAGCAGAGAGGUGGAAGCACUUAGCUGUCAUGCAGUACCACAUGCCUUGCUGCCUAAUGAUGGAGGUGGGUCAUCUUUCUAUCUGUUGUUUUAUUGGUUAAGUAAUAAAGAAACUGCCUUGGCCCCUUUAAUAGGACAGAAAAUUAGGUAGGCGGAGUAAACAGAGAGAAUGCUGGGAGAAAGAAACUGAGUCAGGAGUCGCCAUGAUUCUCCCACUCCAGACAGACGCAGGUUAAGAUCUUUCCUGGUAAGCCAGCUCGUGGUACUACACAGAAUAUUAGAAAUGGGUUAGAUCAAUAUGUAAGAGCUAGCCAAUAAGAGGCUGAAACUAAUGGGCCAGGCAGUGUUUAAAAGAAUACAGUUUCCGUGUAAUUAUUUGGGGGCAUAAGCUAGCCAUGCGGGCGGCUGGGUGCCGGGGACGCAGCCCUGCAGCUCUUAUUACAACAGCCUGGUCUGGAGCCUCGUCAUUAGCAUUUCCUUUAGUCCGCUUAGCUGGUCCAUGGAAAGCUGCUAUUAGAUAAUUGUCAGUGUGGAGGAGGCUGCGUCACAGCUUUAUCUGUCACAGCCUUUGCCCCAGACUUUGAUCCCCAGCUAGGAUAUCUUAAAGCAAGUUUCCGUCCUAUCACUUCCUCGUCCUCUGCCCACCAUUCCUUUUACAAUACUGUGAAGAGGGUCCUGUUCAGGUCAGUGGGUACUGUCCGUUUUGUGUGCUGGGCAGUUUGAGGAUGAGGGUGGAAUGGAGAAUUUACCUUCUGGGAGCACCUGUUUGGAUAUGUACAUUCUGGCUGAAGAGGGUUCUUACAUUUAAUUUCAAACACAUUAUUUCCUCUGGAUAUUUUUCUUAGCUUUUUCAGACUUGGGGUCCAUUUGUUCGCAUUGCCAUCCCCUUUCCAGGCAGCUCUCUUUUUGCAGAGCCAUGGCAGGACAAUUAAGGUUCCAAUAAGAACACUAAGAGGAAAAUAUAGAAAAUAUAGUGACUAUUGGGAAACCUAUUUUCUCAAUCUUCCUCCAUUUUGUGUUAUUUGUAUUCUUAAGAUGAUAAUAUAUUAUGUAUUUGAAUUGUUGAAAAUUGAAAAUGAAGUUGAAGAUAUAUGUAUAUAAAGCGUAUGCUGUAUUGGUGCAAUAAUGGUAAUUAAAGAUAUGAAAAAAAGG